CUUGACUACAUUCUAUUACAAUCAAACAAUUCUAUUUCAUCUCCUUCGGCCUGCUUCCAACUCUACCAUCAAGAUGAGAUUCACCACUGCACUCGGUGCCUUCGCACUCAUCGCCACCGCAAAUGCCGCCGUGACUGGAUACUGCACACCUGGCUUUAAUUACUGCGAUGGGGUGCUCGAUGACGUUGGCGACAACGAUGCGGCCAUAAUGGACGCAUUGAGACGAUUCGGUGAUGUACCAGACGUCCGUAACAGAACCGGUUGGCGUUGGUUUUUGUUCCAUUGCAACGAUGAUCAGUCCCUUACUGUUGUUCAACGUUGUUAUGAUGGUUGUCAGAACAAUGGGAAGGGGAACACUGAUACCUGUCGUUAA